UUGCAAAUUUAUAUGCACUGCCAUGAAGUGUCAGAUCAUCAUAAACAACUACGUGUUAUUACCAUUGAUUAUGAUCACGUUUUACGAUUGGUCUGACUAUAUAUAUAUGUUAGACAAAGUUCAUGGUAAUUGGCAGUCAUACACAAUAUGUGACUAAAUUAUUCAUGAAUAAAAAAUGGAUGGUACAGCAAUUGAAUUCCGUAAAUAUGACGAACAAAUCAUUUAUCGUAUGCUCAAGCUUCGAGAAACACCAGAUUUUAUCGUGACGCAUUGUUGUAAAUAUAUGUAACUAAAAUUUAGUAAAUUUCGUUCAGAAGAACGCUUAGUGCUACUGUUUAUUAGCCCUUAUGUUUAAGUUACUUGCGGUUUAUCUAGUUUUGGAUAUUUCGUCGAUGACGUAUGAUUAUUUAGGAUAUUAUUGUAAAAGAAGCAUGAAUUAUAUUUAUCGUAGCAUCAAAAAAAUUAGGAUUACUAUUGCAGAAAUAGAAAUAAUUAGGUAUUACACUGCGGUGUCUUUCAAUAACACUUUCUCAUCAAUCUGUACUCAAUAAAACGAGAACAUUAUUAAUUUACUGCUGGCAGGAUUCCUUAUCAAUGAUUUAUCGUAUGGUCAUUAAAUGCUAUCAAGACAUCGUGAUAAGAAUUAUGAAGGUGGUAAUUUUAGAUUUUAGGUUUUUGGGCUAUGGUUUUGACUCGAGAAAUUUUUUUCGUGAUCGUAACUUGACUAGAAAAAAAUUUCAAGUCAAGCAAUUUCUAAUAAGAGAUCUUCAUUCAAACUACGCAUUUUUUUACCAUGAAACAGUUUCUGAAACUACAGAAACUGUCUCUCACCCAAAAGGCGCUAGUAAAUUUUAUGUUCUGCCUAAUUAAUAGCCAGAUUUGACUUCCGAGGCGAAGGAAAAAAUUUCUGGUUUGCGUCAAUUUCUGGUUCUAAAAUAUAUGGUUCGCGUCAACGCCACAAUUUCCCAUCGCAACUCUUCAAAAGAGAAAAUGUUAACAAUGUUAAUCAUCUAAUCUGUGUCUCUAGAAGGAAUUAUAAUCAUUUUUGUAACCAUUCGGAGUCUGAGUGCGUUGACAAAACUAUAUCCAUUUUAUUAUAUUCAAUGAGGAUUACAUAGAAUAUGUGUGAAUCUAAAAUUCAUCAACAAGACAACUUGCUCAAUUCGAUUCAACUACUAUCCAUCCCAAAAUACAGUGUCGGGAGGUAUUUUUUGAGUAAAUUUUCAUAGGAAUGAGAUAGAGACCUGCGGUUUUCGCCGCUGAAUAACCAAGACUUGAGCGGUGCGGAAAGCGGUUAGAUCAAGACUAUAUCCAAUAAAGCGUUAACCGCCUAUAUGCUGAUCGGAAUAUAAAUUCGAUUCAAAUUUGAUAAAAGUUUUUGUUCGAAAAAAUAGUUGCUAGAUGCUUGAUACAGUUGUUAUCAAACACAGCAGAAUCCGAUGUAGUUUUUCGAGCUCUUGCCAAUCAAUUUUUCUUAUAACAUCGUCAUUUUUCCCUUAAUCGUUUUUACGACGAAAUUCUGCCUUUUAUAUUCUGAUCGAGAUAUGGUUGCUAUUCCCAACCGGAAUAUAGUAAGUGUCCCCUUACUGACUGUAAGUUUUUAUUGCGCAGAUAAAGGUACCAGGCACCUUCAUCUUGUAAUCGCCAGAACUUGUUCAGAAGAACGCGCAUGAGUCCACAUCUGUAUCGAAUUUCAGCCACUAAUGAGCCUUAGCAACGACAACAUGUGUUUACGUUUAUUUUUCAAAUGCGAAGCAGAACUCGAAGCCAAGAAUUUCAUGGAGGUUUUAAUAGUGAGAUUCUAUCCAUCCGCCACGUUGUGAUAGACAGGUAGUUUUCGUUUAUGACUCUUAACAUACAAUCAAGGAAAUGAGGAAAAGGUUCUGAAAGUGGAAAUUCACAAAAACUAUGUCUGCUUUGAAGAAAACUUGCUGUAAAAUGUUUCUAAGGAUCUGUCUAAGAAGAUAUUUGCUUCUAUUCGAGAACAUAUUAAACUCGAUUUUGUAAAACGUAUUUGUACGGUACCAUUGGAUUAAAGGCUACUGUGUUAUAUCUCAACGAAAUGACUGCUUUUCUCUAUUUAGUUCAACCCAUAUGUCAUUGGGUAGUUUAAAUUAUCCAAAUUCUGUUAAUAAACCGAUCUUUUUAAAUAACAUCGGUCAACGCAUAAAUUAUAAUGACAUAGUUGUACCCAACACUAUAAUUUAUGUCGACGAUCCACUCAAAGAUGUUGAGAAGAAAGAAACUCGACGAGAAAUUGGCGAUGAGCCGCAAGAUCUCGUCGAAGUAACUGAGGAACCUAUAAGUAUGAAUAUUAUCAAGUUUGAAGUUGCUCCGUUCAAUAGUAAUAACGAUAGUAUCUGCGAGCAGACACCUGCAAAAAAAGAUGAUACUGACAGUGUGAAACCAAAAGUAGAACGGCAAGAAAGACUUAAACAUUAUUUUAAAAAGUGGCGUGGUUUAAAGGAACAGCGGCCCAAACGAUUAUCAUGGCAUGAAUGCGUUUGGAGUUGGACUGGUGCAUUCGUCGGUGUAGGUACUCUGGCAUUUAUUCAUUACUAUUUGUUAGAGACGUGA